AUGUACUUCAAUUUGCAGAAAGAUCAUCAAGCAAUAGAUAUCCUUUUAGCAGAGAUCGAUAUAUAUGAGCUUUUUGCUUUCAAACAUUGUUGGGGAAGAAGGGUGAAACUUGCUCUUUGUGAAGAGCUUGAUGAGAGAAUGCGUGACCUAAACUCAGAGCUCCAGUCUUUUGAAAGUGAUGAAUCUAUUGAAAUCCAUAAACAAAAAGCUAUAGAUGCUUGA